AUGUCGUCCACAGACUCUGAUCAAGAAUACAUUGAAGGUACUCCACUUGACAGAGGUGAUGCUAUGUCAAUCUUGUUGUCUAACUCUUCAGGGCCGUUCGGUGACCCUUCGUAUUCUGAUAUAAAGUUUCCUGUCAAGAAGAAAGACAAGAAAAAGAAAUCAACACCCAACGGACCAGAGGCUGGAGAAGGAAAGAAGACCGAGGAUGAGAUCGACACCUCGAAGCUUGACUUCAAAUUUGUCGAUCAAACCUGGGAUCAUAAACGCCACAACUGGUCCUCGAAAGACGUUGAGCAAUCGGAAGUCGUCAACGCCAAGUCUAAAAAGUCGAGGAAGCCGGUGCUAGUCAUUCGACGACAAUUUGGGAUUGCUGAAGGACAAUAUGAGAGCAUCAAAACGUACGCAGACAUCAAAUCCGCUGCUCUCCUUGACGUACUUCGCGAAGUCUUGAAGGACGUGAAGAGCAUAUCACUCCGAGGAAAGCAUCCAAGUGUCCGCUUAGAGCUCUUAUAUUCAUUCUUGUCCGAUUUCAGGGCCCAACACAGAGAGCCUACUGAUCAGGAAUCGGAUGGCAUAAAGCAAUUAAAGCAACUUAUUGACUUUCUCGAAGAUUGGUUUCAGGCGACGACCGAGGAAGUGACUCAACUUUUGGAGCAUGGGGAGAUAACCUACGACUUGCUUUGGGCCCUAUUCAAGCCCAAUGAGCCAAUUUACACAAACGAUCACGAUUCUGAGCAACCUAGGAGCUUUCUCUUCGACUUCGGUGAGCCACAAGAUCGCAAAGGCCAGAAGUAUUUUGAGAUAGUUUGCCGGUCGCUUCACUACGACGGUAGUUUCUUCGGUGAAGUACAAAAUUUUCUGAAGAUCCCGGAAUUUCGAGGUGCUAGAAAGGUCACCCAAUUAGAAGUCUUCCCUCUGUCUCACCACGAACAAGCCGCUGAAAUUCAGAAGACGCUCGUGGAACGGGGCAGGAGGUCCAUCUCGUUGAUGGGAGUUGUCCAUUGCGAGUUCAGGGGUCUUGCGUUCUAUCGAAGCAAAGGAAAGGCUAUCAAAAUCAAUGUGAGGGGCCGAACAAUCAUUGACGCUGCAUCCUUCAAAGAAUUCAACGCAAACUAUGCCAACAUAGAUGCUGACCUGGACGACCCAGAAUUCUUUGCAAGAAGGUUUGAGGAGCGUCGAAGAUUGACGGCACAGGGAAGUGUUAAGAAGAAGGCGCUUCAACUCGAGGAAGUUACGGACGAGGAGGCAUCACUGUGUGCUCCGACAGUGCAAGGUUUCAGUCUUAGCAAACGCAUGUGGGCCGAAUUCACCAUAUCCGGUAUACACGAUAUUAAUUGGAAUGACCUUCCGUUCGAUGCGCUUGUACUACCUGCCAGGAAGAAAGAUCUCCUGCAAGCUCUUGUACAGCAAACGACAGCGGAGCCAACAGAUGGAUCCAAGCCUGAGCAAAAAGCGUUCGAUGACUUCGUCGAGGAGAAAGGCCAAGGCCUUGUUGUCUUACUUCAUGGUUCUCCAGGGGUUGGUAAGACGCUAACGGCGGAGGCUGUUUCCGAAUAUCAACGACGGCCUUUGUAUCGCGUCUCCGCAGGCGACCUCGAUCUAGACUCCCAUAAACUGGAGAUGAAGCUCGCAGAAAUCCUAGAUUUGGCUACCCGAUGGAAGGCCAUCGUCCUACUAGAUGAAGCGGAUGUUUUCGUCGAAAGUCGUACCCUUCACAAUCUGCACCAUAAUACCCUGGUGUCGGUUUUUCUACGCCAGCUAGAAUACUUCCAAGGGGUGAUGAUACUAACAACAAAUCGAGUACAAGUUUUUGACGAUGCUAUCAAGUCUCGAAUACAUCUUGGAGUCAAAUACGACGACCUUAAUCAGAAAGCAAGGGCCAAGGUCUGGGCAACAUUCAUAGCUCGAGCAGACAACACCACGAAGCAAGGCUUGAAAAGCACCGUCACCGACAAGCAAAUUCAAGAAUUAGCUCAGAGACCAAGCAAUGGUCGGCAGAUCAAGAACACCGUUCGCAUUGCUCAUGCUCUGGCUGCCAGUAAGAAUAAGCCGCUUGCAUAUGAGGACUUGACCAGCGCCCUCGACGCUAAUGAAGACUUCGACAACGAACAUCGUGGGAUAGGCUUGCCUCCAAAUGCUGCCAAUUCAUACUUGUAA